AUGGCCCCUUCUGCUUACAACAAGCUCCAGAACAAGCAUGUUCUCAUCCUUGGAGGAAGUUCAGGCAUAGGUUAUGCCGUGGCAGAUGGCUCUCUCGCUUCUGGAGCCAAGGUCACCAUUUCCUCCUCUUCUCAGACCAAAGUUGAUGCUGCCGUUUCUCGUCUGAAAUCAGACUACCCCUCCCAAACAGACACGAUUGUCGGCUUCCCCGCUAACCUCUCCAACCCAACCACGGUGCAAGACGACCUUGAUGUCCUGUUCAAGAAAGCCGAGUCUACCCACGUCGCAUCUCGAUACCUGCCCAAGGAGAACACUUCCAGCAUCACCAUCACCAGCGGCUCUGUGACAAAGAAGCCGGCAAAAGGGUGGACCCUGAUGAGUUAUUAUGGCGGCGGACUCUCCACUUUGGCCAAGGCGCUCGCUGUUGAUCUCGCGCCAAUCAGGGCGAAUGUGGUUCGGCCUGGCUAUGUCGAGACAGAACUCUGGACGGAAGAGCAAAAGGCAUCCACGGCCAAAGCUGUCGCCAAAUCAACGCUCACGGGGGUGCCCGCCAAGGGCGAAGAUGUUGCGGAGGCGUAUCUGUGGUUGAUGAAGGACAGCAACGUGACUGGAGCGGCGGCGGAGACGGAUUCUGGUGGGCUGUUGGCGUAA